CUUUCUCUUUCAAAAAUUCUCUCUUCUCUCUUCAGGCGUGAGGUUUGGCUUUUGAUUACAAAAACUCUUUUACAAAGCCAUCAAGAACCCAUCAAUGGCUAUGCCUCAUUCUUUUUCUUCUCAGUUUCAUGAGACCCAAAAAGAAUUACACAAUAACAAGAGUAGUAUUUCUUUUAUCACCACAUCUUCACUUCUCUGUCAUCAUCUUUCUCUUCACAUUCAUGGUUUUGUUUCUUUCUUCACUUAUGUAUAAUCAUUCUCUCUCUUUUUCUUCCAAUUUAUUCUCAACUUCAUCAGCUUUUGAUUGAUAUAUAGUUUCUUCUCUUUGAAGCAGACAAAGAAGAGAAAACAAUAUCAUUUGAAACCUACUGUUUCUGUUCUCUUUCAUUAAUUCUUGUGUGAUUUUGUUUAUUAUUAUAAAACCUUCAGUUGAGUUUUUCCAUGGAUGUGUGGGAGAAGUAUUCGUUGAGAGAAGACCAUCAUCUUCGUCAUCAGAGCCGAAACAGGAGGGAGAAUAAUAACAAUCCUUCUUUCUCUUCUACUCUUCUCGACGCUAUUUACCGUUCCAUCGAUGAAUCCAACGGUAAAGGCGACGACGAUGAUCGAGAGGUGAUUUUUUAUAGAGAAUCCAUGAGGAAGAAGAAGCACGGGCAUGGAGUGCAAGAAGAUGAUCAAAUGGCUCGUAUGCAACGCGCUUGCAUGAUCGAGAGGUGGAUGGAGAAGAAAGUGAGCUGUGAAAAGGUCAUUGUUCGAAGAAAUUCCUUGGCGGAUUUUGAAACAAAGCAUCAUUUUGACAAUUCGGUUUUGUUGAACUCGAGUUCCAGUUCUUCAGAAUCCAGCUGUGGUGGAGGCUUCUCGUCGUCGGAAUCCGACUCCUUUUACGGUGCAAAAUCAAGAUCCAAAUCAAGUUCUUGUUAUUCCAUUCAAAAGCCUAAACCAGUUCGAACCAGCAUCUCUUCAUCCCGCCCCGAGAAAGAUUGUGUUUCAUCGCAAAAGGAGACGGCGGGGGCGCCAAAGCACGAAGGAGGUUCCGGGAAGAUGAAACUUUCCAAAGCCUUGAAAAUUUACAGUGAUUUGAAGAAAGUUAAGCAGCCGAUUUCCCCCGGUGGGCGACUCGCGAACUUCUUAAACUCUAUUUUCACCGCAGGAAAUGCAAAGAAGGGGAAGAUUAUUAACUCAUCACAGCCAGAAUCGGCUUGUUCAUCAGCCUCCUCCUUCUCAAGGUCUUGUUUGAGCAAGACGCCGUCUUCGAGAGGGCAGUUAAGCAACGGAACCAAAAGAUCAGUCAGGUUUUUCCCUGUAAGUGUGAUAGUUGGCGAAGAUUGCAGGCCCUGUGGGCACAAGGAUUUGUAUGAAAACACUAACAAGAAUGAAGAGGUUCAUUAUCGUAUCAUGAAUGAGAGCCAAAGAGUUCAAGAAGCGGCCAGGGAGUUGCUGAAGAAUUAUCAUCAGAAGAAGGAGUUGGAUAAUGAUCUAGAGUUGGAUGAUGGAGAAGAAGAAGAAGAUGAUGAUGAUGAUGCAAGCUGUGCAAGUUCAGAUCUUUUUGAAUUGGAUAAUCUUUCAGCCAUUGGAGCAAUCGAAAGGUACCAAGAAGAAUUGCCGGUUUACGAAACAACCCAUCUUGAUACUAAUCGAGCCAUCGCAAAUGGUUUGAUCUUGUAAUUCUAAGGAAAAAAAAAGUUUCUAAU